AUGAUUGUAAUAAUAGCGCUAGUGUUGGUGGUAAUGCUAAUGCUAAUGCUAGUUCUAAUGCUGAUUCUAAUGCUAAUUUUAAUGCUAAUUCUAAUGCUAGUUCUAAUGCUAAUGCAAGUGCUCGUGUUUGGUGAAAUAGUUGCACCGCGGCUAAUUUCUGUUUCCAGAGAAUGUCUUUUCUGUAAAAGCGUUAAAACAUGGAAAAAAACACUAAUUUACGUGCUAUCCAGCUAUGGCGGGGCUCGGCUCCUAUUAUGA